GCCCACCCAAAAGGCCAUGCCCUUCUGCUAGGAAUGAGCUACUGCACUGGCAGAGCAACCUUAACUCGACUGGCGGCUUAUGUGGCGCACUGUAAGUUAUUUGAAGCCAAGGCUCAGUCUUUGCCGGCCCAUAACCUGAACGUCCUGAGGAAACAUAUCAAACUGAGUUGCCAUCACGCAGGUAUCACAGGCAAGCCCACAGUGUUGCUAGUGCAUGAAGAUCUAGGAGAGGAAGGCUUGUACGAUGUCAGUGCAGUUAUGGCAGAAGGUAAUUUCAAAUAUUGAAGGCAUAGCAGUUAGUACAAUGAUUGAACAACUCAUUAUUAUUUUAAUGAAGUAGUUUUAACAAGCUCAUCAGCUUUAAAAAAAAAUUUAGAUGUGUUAAUCUGAAGCCACUUAUAAAUAUAUUACAUGCAAACUUUUAUAGCUGCACAGAUCAUAGAGAAAAAUAAACGGACCAUUAAAAAAUGUCUCUGAAGUUGCUUUUUUAUGUGUUAAUUGCUUACCACGGUACAGCCUAGCAAGAGAAAAAUGUGUUUGGUCUGCUAAGCAGCAUUUAAACCAGGAGAAAAGAGUUUAUGCUACUCACAUUACUUGAUGUUCAGUGGCCCUUAUCACAAAUACAAAUUUUCAGGCACCGCCCCAGGCCUGUACUCUGAAGCUGAGGUCCAGGAUAUAGUUGGUCAUCUGAUGCCUGGUGGUGUACAGACGAAAAAAGUUGAAAAGAUAGAGCAAGCCUUUGAUAGAUUCGUCAAGCGUGUCAGGCAAAAUUUGCACAUUAUAGUGUUGCUGAAUUACAAAGGUAGGUAACUGCUGUUACACUGUUCUAUGUAUGUAUUUGUCUACUGAGUGCAGUUUAAAACGUUCCUGUUCUUUUAUGAGAUUUAUUAAAUUAUUUAAAAAAAACUGUAACAGUGUUUGUUUUGAGUAAUUAUUUACAUAAAUAAAAUAAUAUAUUUCACAAAUGAAAAAUUCUUCUUACAUGCUGAGUAAAAUGGGUUAAUAUUUCUAAAUGCCUUAUAUCAAUGUCACUUUCUUUUGAUGCAAACAGGCAACAAUUUCUCCACAAAUGUGAAUGGUCUCCAUGACAAGCUACAGAGGCACCCAGGGCUUCUCAAAAACUGCUUCAGCAUUGACAUCUACAUGCCCUGGAGUUUUAAGUCUUUGGCACAGGUGGCAAGAACAUGGCUGCAGGAUACCAAGUCAGGGGUCAGUUAAAUUGCACCGGUUUUUCUUCUUCUUUUUUUUACAACAUUCAAUGAGGUCAAAGAUCAUUUAAGGAUAGUAGCUAAUAGUAUAGACCACAUGGAUUGCCAGCUUCUUUUCAUAUCAUUGGCAGUUUAGUCUGUGAAUGUGGAUGAUAUUCUCUUGUCUGAUCAUUUCCUUUUGAGGUUUACAACAAAUACGACUAGGCCUGUUGCUCAGAGGAGGAAAAUUCAAGUGAGGAACUUAAAGAAGAUGAAUAGGAAUUCUUUUCGGAAGUCUUUCUGGGACUGAGUUAGUGAAGUCACCAUCACCACCUGAAGAUACCAAACAACUAAUCCUCCUCUACAAUCGGACUCUCGUAUACAUAUGCCCCAGUGUCAAAUAAGUUUGUUAGUCACAGAUUUGACUCCCCUUCGUUCACACUCCCGGUCCAGAAAGCCAAGCUGAGAAGCGUUGGAGAAGAAGUGGUCAUAAAGUGGACAAACAAAUGUUUCGAAAAGCAAGGAAAAUGUAUGCGGAAGGAAUCAGGCACACAAGUUUAGUCUCUCCUUAAGGCAGCAGGUACUGACUCUCACAAGACGUUCUCUGUGGUGAAUGACCUUCUCAAGAAGAAAUCAGCACCCCCUGUUUUGCCUGACAUGGGAAGCAAGCAAACUGCUGUUAAACUGAGCAAGUUCUUCACUGACAAAAUUGAAACAAUCAGAAAGAGCUUGGUGAACGUUGCGAUUUGUCUUCAGUGGAGAAUGUAUUUGAAGGCUACCUUCUAGUGGAAUUAUUUCCAGUUUCCCAUGAAAAUUUGAGGCAUAUCAUCAUGGCAUCUAAACCUACAUAUUCUAUUGUUGACCCCAUCCCAAUCAAGAUUGUUUUGGACUGUCUGGACUUCUUGCUUCCUGUACUGGUUAACAUUGUGAAUAGAAGUUUUCAGUCUGCCACGAUCCCACAUCUCUUCAAGGCAGUGGUCAUUAAGCCUCUGCUUAAAAAAGUGGCCUGGACCCAAAUGACUGCAAGAAUUUCCCCCUCGGUCUCCAACCUGCCCUUUGUAUCUAAAAUUCUUGAGAGAGUUGUAUCACAGCAGUUUGUGCAGCAUCUUAAUAAGUCAAGUUGCUUGAUAAGUUUCAAUCUGCAUAUUGACCUGGACACAGCUGCGAGACAGCACUGCUCCAUGUCAUGAAUGGUGUUCUUUGUGGUGCUGACCGUGGCGAUAUGACAAUAUUGGUCCUGUUGGAUCUCAGUGCUGCUUUUGAUGUGAUUGACCAUGAGCUUCUUUAUCAAGACUUCUGAAUGAGCCAGGUAUCUCUGGAACUGCGCUUCGCUGGUUUACUUCUUAUCUGACUGACAUGACUCAGCAUAUUGUAGUGAAGCAAGCAUCUUCCAUGGACACUUCGUUACCUGCGGCAUGCCACAGGGCUCAAUUUUAGGAGCUAUUCUAUUCUCCAUGUACACUAGCCAGCUCGGCAGAAUUAUUGAAAGUCAUGGUAUUUCCCACAAAUUAUGUGCGGAUGACACAUAACUGUACAAGUGUUUCCGCCCUGAUCCUUUGGAGUGUGCUGCUGCUAUUCAGGCUAUUGAGGACCACUGUCUUGUAAUGAAACCAUGGAUGGCAUCAAACAGACUUAAAUCAAAUGAGGAUAAGACAGAGGCAAAUUUAUGUGGUUUUGAUGCCAAUCCUCAGAAGGUUGCUAUGGCAUCAAUAAAAGUUGGCACUUCUGAGAUCCCCUUGUUCAACACUUUUAGAGACCUUGGCUUCUACAUUGACAGUAAACUUACAAUGAUCCCUCAUAUCAGUUCUGUAGUCAGGGAUUGUUUCUGUCAUCUAUCCACCAUGUGUCAGCUGCGUCCUCAACUUAAUAAGAGAACAGCUAAUGCCCUAGCAGUCACUCUAAUACAAUCAAGAUUAGAUUACUGCAACAGAUGUAUGUGGGGUUUACCUCAAAACCAAAUUCAGAGAUGCCAGAAGGUAAAAAAUACUGCAGCACGCAUUGUAUCACAUAUAAAGAAAUCUGACCACAUCAACCCAGUUCUGAAAGAUCUCUACUGGCUUCCUGUGAGUUAGCGCAUUGACCACAGAAUUUUAUCCCUGGUUUACAGCUGUAUUGAAGGAUCUGCACCUGAAUAUCUUCAAAAACUGAUUUCUAAACAUGUAUCCUUACAGAACCUACACUCUUCAACACAGUCCUUACUGAGGGUUCCCAGUGUGGAUGGACACAGAAAGAAGUCAUACAGAGUGCGCUCUUUUGAAGCUAUUGAGCCUAAGUUAUGGAACAGUUUGCCUUAGUCUUUGAGGGAAAUUGAAAAUGAUAGAAAGUCAUUUGAGAAACAAUUAAAGACUUUUUUCUUUAAACAAAUUUUAGGACAUUAGAGCACCGUGAGCAUGCUAAAAUAGCAUGGAGACAACCGCUAUAAAAGUAUUCAAUCAAUCAAUCAAUCAUAUGACCCAUAAAAUGUCAAAAUUUAAUUUCAUUAAAUUGUUGACCAUUUUCUGCCAGAUGUCUCCCCACUACUUUUACUUUUAAUUCUUAAAAUUCUAAUUUCUGGUAAUUGUAUUUUUUCCUGUCUCAUAUUAAUUUUGUUACCUGGAGAAAUUCAAAGGGUAGGCCGACAAGAGUCUGUGUGUGUGGGGUAUCUUAUAUUUUAUUCCCACCCCCAACUCAAAAUUGGAAGGACCUGCUUCCUCCCAGACCCCAACUCAAAAUUAGAAUGACCUGCUUCCUCCCACCCCCAACUCAAAAUUAGAAGGACCUGGUUCCUCCCACCCCCAACUCAAAAUUGGAAGGACCUGCUUCCUCCCACCCCCAACUCAAAAUUGGAAGGACCUGCUUCCUCCCACCCCCAACUCAAAAUUGGAAGGACCUGCUUCCUCCCACCCCCAACUCAAAAUUGGAAGGACCUGCUUCCUCCCACCCCCAACUCAAAAUUGGAAGGACCUGUUUCCUCCCACCCCCACCCCACCACUUGUGUAGAUGGCCCUGGCCCAGUAAAUAUAUUUGCAGCAAGUAAAAUUUACUUUGUUAUUCAUCCCCAUUCUGGUUUUCGUGUGUGCUUUUUCUACUUUUGCUUUAAAUUUUCUCAAACCCCUCACAAGACACUGAGCUUUUUAUCCAAGGUGGUUGUGGAGAUUUGAACAAUAUAUGACUGCUAACUCAUAUAGUCUCUGUCCUGGGACUCACCUACUCUCUCACCCAACCAUCAAUCUUUAUCUACUCUCUUAUUCUCAACCACCAUGCUUAAUAUACUCUCUCACCCAACCUCCAGGCUUAAUCUAAUCUCUCAGCCAACCAUCAGGCUUUACCCCUACUCUCUUAUUCCCAACCAGUAGGCUUAAUACACUCUCUCACCCAACCAUCAGCCUUUACCUACUUUCUAAUUCCCAACCACCAGGCUUAAUAUAAUCUCUCACCCAACCAUCAGGCUUUAACUAUUCUCUCACCCAAAGACCAACGCUUCCUUCAAAUCAAAAUAAAUGUUUGAGAACAUUAAGAAUCUGUUUUGAUUAUUUGUCAUAAUUUGAUCAGGUGGUUGUUCCAUGGAACCCCUCCUGCUCAGCAGAACAGCUGGAUGCAGCCUCUAAUGCCAUGGCCUACAUCCACUUGUCAGCCAAAGCUGCUGUGGAUCAUCAGUUCUGUCACCAGAAAGAUCCCCUUAGAAUCUUCACACCACUCACCUUCUUGGAAUUUGUCCAUCUGUUCAAAAUUGUGACUGCUUUCCUAGUGAAGACUGAGAAGGUAAGCCAAGACAAAUAUCUGAACUACUGAAAGUUAACAAAUAAAUUGUUGGAUAUCUUUUUAUUCUAUACUACACAGUGAAUAAUUAUGAAAAUCAUAUUCUUCCAUUUGUUUUGAGAGUUUGGUUAUAGACAGAAUACUGUUCUACUCAGAUUGUAAAUGUUGAAAUUUGCAGGAAUUGGUCCAAUGAUGUUUUCUGCAUAAUAAACUCUUAAAUAAAUUAGUGAUAUAUCAGAUGUUCUAAUUAAAUUGCAGGCCAAGGGAAGUAAGUAUGAGCAAGCCCUAGACAAAAUCAAUGAAGCCUUUGGCAGUAUAGCAGAAUUUAAGAAAGAGGUGUCUGGCCUGAUGCCCCAGCAUACAUCUGCUGCUGGUCAGAUAUCAGACUUGGUGUCACAGGUGGAGACAUACAAACAAGACUACAUCAAGGUGAGUAGGAAAACUCCUUGCUUUAUUUCAACAAGAAAAUAUCUCUCUUUCUUCACCAAUAUUGUAGUUGGUUUAAUCAAAGUCUAUUGACAAAUGAGACCCUAUAAUAUAAAGUAAAACUGAUGAUUUUCAAAUUGGGGGGGGGGGGGGUGGGGAAUCUGAAAGUUACAAUUUAUGAAAUCUGUAUUCAUAUUUAUGGCUUUCUCUGGGCUUAAAAAACAGUCUCCCACUGUACUGUAAUUUUAUACUUGAACAAAUCAUAAUUUAUUGAGGAUUUCAAUAUUUAUUUUGUUACAUUGUGUAUCCAGUAUCCACCAACUGCCACCAUGCGCCUAACUCUCACAAAUUUAAUUUGUACAAAUGAAGUUUUAUGUUCCAAUAACUUUACUUGGUGCUGAAUAUAAGCUAUAGUGUUACUUGGUACUGAAUAUAAGCUUUAAUGUUACUUGGUACUGAAUAUAAGCUAUAGUCUUACUUGGUAAGGAACAUAAGCUAUAAUGUUACUUAGUGCUGAAUAUAAGCUAUAGUGUUACUUGGUGCUGAACAUAAGCUAUAGUGUUACUUGGUGCUGAACAUAAGCUAUAAUGUUACUUGGUACUGAACAUAAGCUAUAAUGUUACUUGGUGCUGAAUAUAAGCUAUAAUAUAAGCUAUAGUGUUACUUGGUACUGAGCAUAAGCCCAUUAGCUCAUUAGGAUUUAUGGAGUCUAAACCUCCAAGAAUCUGCUUUAUUUUGGUAUUAAUAAAAGCUUAACACUCAGCUGCAUACUUCAUAACAGGCUCUUGAGCAAUGCAAAGUUCAAGAAGAGACCAUUACCCAGUUACAAGGACCACUGGAGUCACUACGCCAGUCUGCACAAACAGAGUUUGAUAAGGUCAGUUGAAAUUGGUUAACAUAGUUUAGUAUUGGUUGUAUAAAUGAUCACAGGCUGAAUUUAGUCUCAUCUAAUGUGUUAAAUUUACUUAUAAAAAGGUCUAUUAAUUUACUGUGCCUGUAAAGUAAUUUCUAUACAUCAUUAAGAAGGGCUGCCCAUUUUUCUGAAAUCUUUUAAUUACAUCUGAUGUUCUUUAGGUUUAGUAAAUAUGGUUAAUUUUAUGUAAGAAUCCAAAAAAAUUAAACUGAUUAAAAUAAUAUCAUAAACACUUUCAUUCACUAAAUAGCAAUCCCUUUCAUAGAUUUAUGUCUAAGAAUAACUUUUAAAAAGUUUAAAAUAAUGUUGAAUCAUUAGAAAUCAAGAUCAAUAAAUUAUUAUUUUUAUUGAAUACAUAUUUUGUUUAGGUGAAUCCUAUCUAUCAAGCAGCUGCUAAAGUAUUGGAUAACCUUGACCUUAAUGCUGUGGAAGAACUUAGGAGCUAUCCCUCUCCACCAGAGACUGUGAAAUUUGUCAUGAAGGCCCUUUGUCUGUUAUUUGAGAAACCACAAACGUAAGUGUUGUAUGACUUUGUUUUAGACUUAGACAUGUAGAUCCGUGAUGGAAAUGGUGAUUCCUUGUCAGCUUUUACUAAUAACGUGAAACCCAUGAAUGUUUAAACUAUUGCUACCUUUGCGAUAUCUUCAAGUUAUUCACCAUGGCAAAACUGUCUAGGAAUUCAAACUUAUCUGUCAAUAGGCAACAACUACCAUAUUUUUUUAUAAACUUUUUUACAAUUUAGUUUUAUUCGACCAGUUAAGCAAUGGUCUUAAAAAUUAGUUCAUCCAUUAUUAUUAUGGCACAACUAAAACUGGCUUGUAGAAGGCUUAUUAAAAAUAGCUCAAAAUAGAUCUUUGAAUUUUCCAUUCAUUAAAAUUUUUAAAAAAACAUAAGCAUGAAGGAAGUAGCUUAAGUUUUUUUUUUUUUUUUUUUUUUUUAAAUGAAAAAAAAUUGGAACAACACAAAUUAAAAUUAAAAAAAAAAAAAAAAAAAAAGUAAUGACUUCAGUAAUGAUGAAAUUGUCAAGUCCUUGUUUAGAAACAAAAUAAAUCUUCAAGUGGUACAUAGACAAUACACGGCUGGUAUUAGUUUAUGAAUUACAUAGGUGCUGGGUGGCCGAGCGGUCUUAACUGAGUCGGACUGAGCUAGUGGUCUAGAGUUCCUUCCCCAGAAAAUGCCUAGACAAGCAAAAAACAUCACCAGCACCUCAGGUGGAUGGAACUCAUUAAACUUCGAUGGCAACACAUCCAAGAGAAGGCAAACUCUGAAAUCAAACCCCAAGAUGGAGUCCCAUAAGCUGUAUAACAUUGAAACAAUGAAAACUCCGAACCCCUCCUGUGAUGUAGAACACAUAAAGAGCACAGUGAAAUACACAAGACACUGCUGACCAUCCACUGCAUCCUGGUUGGUCUAUUUCCAGUCAUCGUGACUAAUUCUUGUCCUUGGAAACAAUAGGCAAGGAUGAGAGAGUGAGCCUGACGAAUUGGCAACUCUCUCUCUCACUUUAAACAAAAUACAGCUCUAGUCAAAGUUACCUCUCAAUUCAAAAAUAAAAUUAGUUUUGGUCAUUCACGGGCAAAAGACAAAGAACACAUAAAUAAUACACAGCGGGUAUUAAUAUAUGAAUUACAUAGACAAUACACAGCGUACAUUGACAAUAUACAAAAAUACCAUGUGGGAAUUAAUGUAUAAAUUACAUAGACAAUACACUCCGGGUAUUAACAUAUUAAUAAAAUUGUUUUUUAAAAACUUCUAACUUGUCAGUGUCACUUCAGGUUGUAGUAAGUAUAAAAUUAAACUGUAAAUCCACAUUUGUUAUCACAUUGAAUGAUUGCAAAUUUUUUCACAAUGCCUAGCACAAUUUAACCAACAUUUUAAAAAAUUUAUAAAGAUUUUUCAACAACAGAGUAUUCUUUUAUAGAUAUUUACUAAAAAUAUUUUUAGAUCCUGAGUAAAAAAAAUCAACAAAAAACCCCACAUUAUUUUAUUAAUGAAGUGUUUGCUAAAAUAUGUGUCCAUCUGGUCUUGAUUCACUUUGAGAAUAUAUAAUGUUUGGUUAAAGUUAAAAUUCACAUCAGUUUAAAUUUAAAAUCAAUUCUUGUAGCUAUUUCAUUGUUAAUUUUGUUUGGUGUUUGUCAAAUGGAACAGUUAUUAAAAAUUUCGUAUUUGAUUUGCAUAUCCGGAAAUUUGAUAGAAAGAAAUUUUGUCUACUGUAAAUUGAUCGCCGGUAAUUUGAUUGAACGGAAAUUUGGUCGAAUCUUUUUUGCAGUUCACACGUUAAAAUUUUUCUUCAAAUUUCUUUUUGAAUGCAUUAUUUUGUUUUAAUAUAUAUAAUAUAGUGCGUUCGAAAAGAAAUUAGACGAAAAUUUUAAUGAAAAAAUGAUUCGACCAAAUUUCUGUUCAAUCAAAUUUCCGUCAAUCAAUUUACUAUCGACGAAAUUUCUUUCGAUUAAAUUUCCGGUAACCUUUGAUUUGAUGUUUAUUUUCCAAACUUCUUGUUUAUGAGUUUCAAACUUUAAAAUGUUAUGAUUUUUUUAAAGAAUACUUAAUGAUAAAAAACAACAACAACAGUGUAUAGUAUAAUGAAAGGCCUAAAAGGAUUAAAGUGAAUUUGUAAAGGAAUUUUUCUACGUAAUAAAUGACUUUCUUUUUAAUGAAAUAACUAAUGUUCACCCUUAAAUGAACAGAAUAAGUAAGUAGUAUAAAUAUAUUUAUGACUUUUAAAAGUACAAGUUUGAAUACUUAAGUGUCAUUUCUACCUUUCACUUUUUCAAGCUGGGAAGCUGCUAAAUCUUUGAUGGUUGACUCAAGUUUUUUUCAAGAAUUGAUUUUCUACAACAAGGACAAUAUACCUAAGCAUAUCUACAAGGAGUUGAAGAAAUUUGUCAGUGACCCACUGUUUGUACCUGAGGUGGUGGCCCAAGCGAGCUCCGCAGCCUCAUCCAUCUGUGCAUGGAUUCAUGCUGUUUAUGCAUACAGCAGCAUCCAGCGGAAGAUGCGGCCACGCAUGAGGGAUUUAAUGGAUGCAGAAACCAAAUUCACAAAGGUUUUUGUUUUAGAACUUUGGACAGCAUACCAGAUUAUAAAUAUUUGAAUAAAAUUGUAAUUAUGGUUGCAGUUUGUUUACCAAAUAGAAUAAUCGCUUAGUUUCAUUUUACUACAUUUAGGGUCACAUGUUGCCCAUAGUCUAUACAUUGAGGAUCACAUGUUGCCCAUAGAAUAUGCAUUGAGGACUUCACAUUUAGAAGAAAAAUAUAAUAAUUGUAUGUAGCGUUAUUAUUUUCUUAAGAUUUGAUUGAUAUAAUGAUUGAUAUAAUGAUUGCCUUACAGGCUCAAGCUCAGCUUGGCCAGCUGCGAGUGGAGGCACAACACAUCAAAACUAACCUGGAACAAUAUAUCAACCAACACAAGGAAGCUAUCAAAGUCUCCAAGGCUAUUGAGAAACAGAUUCAGGUGAUGAUAGCGUCCGAUUAAGUUUCAUUAUUGUAUUUGUUAAUUUUUACCUCAAGUUUUAACAUUUUAGCUUAUUAUAUAUACUAUGUUAGGAAAAAGAAUCCAACUUAAUUCUGGCAUGUCACAAACCUAAGGGUUACAAAAUAUUUUUUAGCAUUACUGUUCAAUAAUAAAAAUAAUUUUAUUCUGCAGGCUGUUGAGCGCAGGAUUGUACGGGCUAAUAACCUUAUGGACAAUAUGUCGAUGCAACAUUUCCUGUGGCGUUCAGAACUUAAAAAGACACGCAGACAUAUCGUGUGUGCACCCGGGGAUGCUCUCAUGACCGCCGCCUGCGUGGCCUACCAUGGUCCUCUUGAUGAUAAAUCUCGCCUGGAUCUCAUACAAGAUUGGCUUGACCACAUCAAGCAGAAUAAAGUGGACGCGCAGGCCUACCAAGAACGUGAGCCGUAUUCUAUCACUGCCUGCCUUGAGCUGCUGAUGGAUGGAGGAUCACAGCCCGCCAGUGGCCAGGGAAACAGUGGAGACGCCAGCCUUGAGUUUGUAUCAGGAUUACACAAGGCAACAACUUAUCAGAGUGAUGGGAGUUCAAAUAUGACAUCAAAUCCACAGGUAGAAUGUUUAACAUUUAGACCAGUGUCUUGCAAUUGGGGGUGCUAGAACUCCAGGGGUGGCUGCAACUCCAGGGGGUGCUGGAACUCCAGGGGGUGCAGGGUGGCAUUGUAGGUGGUAUGAGAAAAAGGGAUUAAACAUAAGAACCAUUGACUUUUUCAGUUAUAAAAUAUAAUUAUUAAUAUAUUUUUUAAAAAAUUUCUUAAUAUUUUACUUUCUUUAUUACAUGUCAAAUUUAUCUUCUAAGUUCUGCAGAUCUCUUUGUAAUUUAAGUUUUAAAAAAUUAAGUCCUUUUUUUUUUCCAAUGUAUUCUGCAAUGUUUCUUUUUUUAGAGGGCCAGAGACUUAGUCAAAUGAUUUUUAGGGGAUUCAAGACUAAGUCAAACAUUAAUUUAGUUAGAGGGAACAGAAUAUAGAAAAGUUUGGGGAACUCUGACUAAGACUUAUUGUUUAUUGUUAGAUUAUAGAAAUGAUACAUCACAACUGUGAAUGUGAGUAGGUUGAAGCAUUAAAAACCCACUCUAUUAUUAAAGCAUUUAAUUAGUUAUUAUUCUUAACUUACAAAUGUGAACAUGUAAACUCCAGGAUUUCAAUGUAUUAUAAUAGCUCUGUAUUUAAUAAAGACGCUAAUGUUUAAUUUUAAGUUAAUUUUUUGUUGUGAUUUCUUCCAAACUCUUGGGAAACCAAGGACAAGAUACCCAGGAUUUAUUUAACUCAUUCUCAGUUGUUUAUUUUCUGUAUCAAUCCAAAGGUGAAGACAUUCAAGUACAUGUCGGCCGUGUAUGACAGCAGUAAGUACUACAAGUCAGAACUUAAGAAACAAGACACAAUGGAGAGCGUAGUGCCAGAGCGGGACAUGAUGGAUGAUGACGAUGAUGAGGAUGAAAACACAAUCUUACCCACUCGACCGAAUCUGACACUGCAAGACAUUUUAUCAGAUUUUGAUGAGCUCAGUGACUGGCGGAUGCAAAAUUUACCCACAGAUUUGCACUCAGUAAGUAGAUUGUAUGGAGUUAAGUUGAUCUUUUAUGUCCAAACUAUAAUUAUGAAGGAAUAAAAAAGGAUUUCAAUGGUCAUGAUUCCAUUUGGGUAAACUAUUUUCCAAAUUUUUUUAAAGAUAAUAUCUUUUUAAGAUUUAAAAUAUAUCUUUUAGAUGACCAUGACUCUUUGACUGUUGACAUAUAUGUGUCAAAAUGAAGUAUUUUCUCACGUUUUCAAGCCACUAACUAUUGAUUGCCUCCGCACAGGUACAAAAUGCUCUGAUGAUGCGUGUUUGCUGCCACAAUCGGAAACAUUGUUGGCCACUCCUUAUUGACCCAGACAAUCAGGCAGAAAUGUGGGUCAAAGCUCUCCAUAAGAGCCAUAAUAUAUUCACUCAAAAAGAUGUAGCCGAUUUUGUCACUGAAGAGGGUAAGUAGUGUAGACGCUGGUCUAUUCUAUAUUUGCUAAUCCAUUUAAAAUUAAUUCCACUUCAAUAGCUCCAUAAAAUCUGGAGUUUCAAUGAAACAUGCAUAUUUAUUUAUUAAUUUGUUUUUCAAGUUAAAACCAAGGCUUUGACUUUGUAAAAGUAGUAACGGCUAAUCAUUGCAUGAACAUUUCAAGAUAUCCCUAUUGAGGAGGCAAACUUCAGCAACGACAAGGAGGGAGAUCUCCUAGACCCACCCCCUAGUCGAGGGACCAUGUUGACUUUUUCUGAUGUCACCGAGUCAGGAUUGGCCUGCUCUCAGGGGACCUCACUGAGGGAAACAACUAGGUACAGUCCCUUUAUAGUUUAUAUUCUACAAUUUUUAUGGAACCCUCAACUCAAAUUGAAUUUAUAUUUUUCCAAGUCUAAGUUGGUCAUUAUAAGAAUACAUUAAUUUAUAUAUGUAUUUGUUUGUUUGAGCAUAUAAGUUUGUCUAAUUAUGUAAAAAGCACUCCAUUCCAAUUUGUGUUUUAAGAAAUGUGAAAUGGUAUUCACAAUAUUUCUGUUGCGCUCCCUUUCCUUAACUCUCACAUGUUUUCUCGCAGCCGUGGUGGUGUAUCUCAGCGUACAUCAGACAGUGAGGAGCUUCGACCAGUGACCUCGGUGACCAACAGCUGGGACAGCUACAGCCUGCAUGCAGAUUCAGAAGUGGAUCUACCAGAUUCUAACUUGUUGGUGCUGGUAGCUGAUGAUGCCAACAUCAACUCUAGGCUAAUCAAUGCCAUUGUACAUGGUCAGUGAAUUAUUUACAGACCCUUGUCAUCUUUUAAGUUUUCCACUGACAAAGUCUCACCGUCCUUUUUUUUGCAAGUAUAAAUAUUUUAAACCUAAUUAGAAAUUUAAUAGUUUUAAACUAUUUACAUGUGGGCAGCAGGUUUUGCUCUCUGGUAAUGAAAUAUGUUGUUGUGUUGCCACUAGGUUGGCUAUGGAUCCCUUUACACUCCAUGGGAAAAGCUGAUAUAGUCUUUAAUUUUUUUUUAAUUAGAUUAAAAUUGAAUUUCAAUUAAUAAAAUAAUAGUUUUUCAUCCUAUAAUUUAAUUUCAGUGUAAAAUGUCAAAGUCUCUGAUUUCUUGCAUUACUCAGGUGUUACUGUCCUUCAAAGUCUCUGAUUUCUUGCAUUACUCAGGUGUUACUGUCCUUCAAAGUCUCUGAUUUCUUGCAUUACUCAGGUGUGACUGUCCUGAUAACCCAUGUGGAGCGCAAACCACUGGAUUCUCUAUUCAGAGGUCUGCUUCUGAAACAAUUCUAUGUCGACAAGGAGGGUAACAAGAUUGUCAGGGUUGGGGACAUGGCCUUCAACUACCAUCCCAACUUCUGUCUGUACCUCAGUACGAGUGUACCACUUUUUGUCAAAGGUAUGUGGUUGAGAAAUGUACAUCUCAGCCCCAGACAUGGUCUUGUAAGGUUUCAGUCAUGACAUCAAAGCCUUUAGUUUUGCUAUGUGUUGCCUAAAAGUAAUAAAAAAAUAUAAAAAAAUGCUGACUUAUAUCAAAAAUGUUCAAACAGUAAUAUCUAUGUAUCUUCACACAAGAUCUAUGUAUCUUCACACAAUAUAAAUAUAUAUAUAUGUAUCUUCUCACAUAUUAUCUACAUAUCUUAACACAAUAUCUAGGUAUCUUCACACAAAUAUCUAUUUAUCUUCACACAAUAUCUUUAUAUCUUGACACAAUAUCUAUUUAUCUCCACACAAUAUCUAUAUAUCUUUACACAAUAUCUUCACAAAUAUUAAUGUAAAUGAACUUGCUCAGGAUAUAUUAUUUUUUUUGCUAAAUCAUUUAUGUUUUACAUCAGGCGACGGUCUGUACAGUUUCCCCCUGAACAGAGUCAGUGUCAUCAACAUGGCCGUCAGUGAUGAAGCUAUCAUCAAUCAUCUGAUGUUUGAAACUAUGCAAGUGGAGAAAAAAGAGUUUGAAGGUCAAAGAAGAUCAAAUGAAAAUGACAUCAUCCUCCACAGACAACGCCUGGCAAGGGAACAUGUAAGUGUACAGCUUGGACCUGUCGAAAUUAAUUAAUAGCUGUUUUAUUUGUCAAAACUUCAGAUUCCCUUCAAUAACAGUGUGAGAGCAGGGACAUGGGUUUGAUUUUAGAAUAUUGGCCUUUCGGUUUGGUUUAGGAAAGUCACCUCUUUUUAAGCUUCGUUGGAUACAUUAUAAAACUUUGUUAAACAUUUAUUUUGUUGCAUGGCAGAAAUAACAGAGCAAGGCCUGGCCAUAUUUUUUUAAAACAUUUCUAUAUCAGAAACUUUUUUGGUUAAUAUCUGUUCCUUUUUGUGUAUUUAAAACCAUUAUAAAAAAAGUAAUCAUCAUUAGUGGCCCUACAGCCCAUGUAGGGCCCUGGCCUGCUCCACCACAUGCUUCCAUUUGGAUUGAUCCAUGGCUUUCCGCCCUCCAUGCCCUAACCCCCAGCUGGUGUAAGUCCUUCUCUACAUUGUCAAUCCAUCUCAAUCUUGGUUGACCAAUGAGCGGUCUGCCCUUAGGUUUCUGCCUGUAGAUCACUUUUGCUCAAUUCGUCACUGAGGUGAGCCACUCCCACUCUGUUUAGACUUGGAACAUUCCAGGUCGCUAUUUGUUUAUCAUAUUUUUGUUCAGGCAUAGGUCAAAAUCCAAAAUUAUCAGUCAGUUUUUUGUUUGUGAUUUUGCUUUCAUAACAUUGGAUUUUUUAUGUGACAGGGUUGUCAGCCCUGCACACAACCAUCUGGGGGGAUACCCCUUGCAGCUUUCAGGUUAGCUGCCUUUGUAUUGGGGCAGGACCCUAGCCUAUGUGGAUCCCUCCACUUCCUACAUUGCAGUAGGUUCUGAUUUUGGUCCACCCUGGGUAUUAAAUUUCCUUGGUACCUGCCAUAUCUGGUGGGCUUUCCCCUAUCUGCCACCUGGGGAGGCGCUCGAUUGAAGAUCAGUAUCUUUGCAUGAGUAUAAAUAAGUUAACAAUUAUAAAUAAGAAAACCAUGAUAAAUAAGUAAACCAUUACGAAUUUCUUGAUUACAAAAUAUCAGAUUAUAUCUUUGUAUUUUAUUAACUUGCCAGGAAAUUAUCAGAGAAAAGACCUUGAACUUAACGGGUCCUCUGCUAGAAGACAAGACUAUGCUGGACUCCCUCCUUGUAUGUCAGACAAAUGUCGAACACAACCGACAAAUGUUGCAAGAAACACGCUACAUGGGAGAUCACCUUGAAGGAAAAUUUGCCCACUACACCCCUUUCAUAAAGCACUCGGCCAUGUUAUACAAUGUCCUUGGCAAGAUGUCUGUUCUCUAUCCAUGCUACUAUCUGCCAUUUUACAAGUUUGUGGCCAUGUUUUCAGCCAUCAUCAAGAGUAGAGACAGAGGCAAGGGAAGCUUGGGUAAGAUAGUCAUUAUUUGGGUUAGAUUUACUAAGUGCCUUUAGGCUCUAAAUCACCACUUCUUAAACUUUUCAGUUUGAUAGACCAGCUGGAAUUAAUCCUAAUUGUAGCUGCCCAAAUAUAAAGAUUUAAAAAACAAAAAAUUGUUGAAUCUUCUGCAGGGCUUCACUUUGAUAAUUAUUUUUUAGGAAAAAAAAUGUCAGAUUCCAACUGCUGUGUCCAAACAAGACACAUAAUAUGCUGUUGUAUUGGAUUUUAUUUACAGGUGCCCUACAAGUGAGAGCCCAAGAGCUGUCUGAUGCUGUUCUCCAUGGCAUCUUCAGGUAUGCUAGGCUGAUGAUGUUUGAAAAGCACUACAACCUGCUAGCUCUGAUUGUGUCUUUGGAACGUAUGCUAAGGCAACGCAAAGUCAGCAACAAAGAACUCAGCCUAUUUGUCAAUGGUUUUCAGAAGCUUGGAUUGGAUGAUGCGAGUCUAGCAGAGCAGAAACCGGGCUGGAUGAUUGUCAGUGUGAGUAGAUCUGAAAUAUUGAAGUUUGUCAGAUUUUCUAAAAAAAAUUUGGGUAGAACAUGAUUGUGGUAACCAAUUAUCAUUUUGUUAAAUAAAUGUAUUUCUAAAACAAUACCAGUGUUACUGAAGCUCUUGCAGCUGACUUUGCUAAUCACAGAAAUGUAUCAUGCUGCUUAUUUUUUUGGGGUAGAUUUAUUUAAUCAUUUUCCCUGAGAGCAUCAAAAGUAUAAUUUCUCCAUUUUUUUCUAAAAUUACAUGAUAAAUAAUUAAUCAGGGACUUUGAUUUACCGAGUACCAUAUUAUCUUCAAAAUUUUAUUGGUCAGGGCAAAAAAAUAGCAUUUCAGGAAAAGAUUUGAUUGUUUACAAAAAUUUCUUCUCUUCAGGCCUGGAUUGACUGCAGCAUUCUAGAAUCGUUACAUCACCCCUUCCAUGGUCUCUGUCAGUCCUUGGUCAACUACUCACAACAAUGGAGAGAAUAUUUCCAAGUAAAUAAAACUAUAUCCUCGUUUGACUGCUCUUGUGAUAGUGUAAAACUUAUGAUGCCUGCAUAUAAAAUAUAAAGCUAAUUUAGAAAAAAUAAAUUUGCUCUGCCAUACUUGGGCCUUCAUUUAGAGCAGGGGUCUCCAAACUUUUCAGCUCGAGGGCCGCAUUAACUAUCAAACAGCAGUUCGGGGGAUGACUACACAUUCGAGGUCCAAAUAUAAAAGAAUCAAAACAUGGAUGUUGUUUUUAAUUAUUUAUAUAAUAUUAUUUUAUUCAGUUAUUCUUUAAUAACACAUUGAUACACUACCCAUGAACACCUGUAUUAUUGGGAAUGGUGAAAUUGUUUCCUGGAUGUCAAAAUAGCGGACAUUUCUGGCUUUAGUUUUAAUGUCCCUAACAUCAACAGUGACCUGAGAUUAUCAUCGGGCAAGUUUGUUCUCAAAUUGUUCGUCACGUAGUUCAUUCUUGAAAAUCUUUGUUCACACAGGUAUGUUGUUCCAAAGAUUGAAAGGUAUCUUCAUGCAAAAGUUUUGUCAUUAGGAAAGUCUUCCUUGGGCAAAAACUGGUAAAAACCCACCAGCCCUUCUUUGAACUUGUCCCAAAGGAGGUCAUUUGCUUGUAACUCAGGUUUUGCAAUCUAGUGAUUGGUUGAAAAAUAUAACACACUGCUGCACGCCUCUAUUUUAAUUCGGUAAAAACAUAACGUCCACGCAAGCGGCGGCUGAUCUUGGCAGGAUACACGUAAAUUUCCUUUUUUUCCGUAGACAAAAAGGUCUCCACGGGCCGGAUAAGAGGGUGUUGCGGGCCACAAUGUGGCCCACGGGUUGUAGUUUGGAGACCCCUGAUCUAGAGGAAUGAUUAGCAAUAUAAAAACAAACGUAUUGUAACAAAUACACUUCAGCAAUAUCAAUUUUUUUUUUAAAAUGUCAUAUCUAUUUGUGGAGUUAAAAUUUUAGUUUUUACUUUGAAUCCCAUAGUAUUUUUUUUAUUUAUUUCAGCAUCCUAUCAGUCUAUUAAAUCCAGUUCCUGGCGACACUCUUCAAGAGUUGUCUUUCUUUCAGAAAUGUCUGCUUUGGAAACUUGUUUGCCCACAAAAGGUAUAUUUGGAUAAACAUUAACUUGGUGGAAUAACUUGGACAUUUGCCUGAGGGGCACAAAUGUAACUUAGUGGGGGUACAAUAAAAAGGAAUUACUUUCGACUUUCCUAAAUUAUUUUGAAAUUACCUUGCCAUGCGGCUAAAUCACUAACAGAUGUGACCUAAUUCUUUCCUGUCAUUUAUGAGAUUGAACUAAAAAGUGGACUUACGAUCCUUUGGAUAAGUAGACAUAUAAAAGCAGGGUAUGUUUCAGGCCUUAUACAAAAACAGAAUGAAAUUCUUUAAUGAAGGAGGCAUAGAACAAACUAACAAACACAAUAUUAAAUUAAAAAUUGACAUGCACAUGAUUUGUUGUCUUUAAAAGAAGCUCAACAAGGUAAUAAUUUUUUGGCUCAUUAUUUGUAACAUUUAUCCUGUUAUUGCUUUUAGAAUAUGUUGCAAAAAAAAAUAAUUGUGAAAAAUAUAUUCAGUAGCAUUCUAGAUCCACAAUGAGUGAUAUGGCACUAUUGUUUUUCAUUUUAUGUUGAAAAUAAUAAUUAAAGAAACUUCUUUGUGUGUUUAAAUUAUACAUUUAAAAAAGCUGACCUGAAACUUACAUCUGUUCACUUUGCAGUUUGCAGAGCUGUCCCAUGCCAUCAUUCUAUAUGAACUGGGAAGUGCUGUCGAUGCACCAGAUAACUAUGACAUCAGAGAAGUCUAUACAUACACAGAUAAACACAUGCCAACCAUGUUCAUUUUGCCUUCCUCUCAGCAAACUCUGGCCACUGAUGGAACACAAGGUUAAACAAAUUUGAAAAUAUUAACUAUAUGAAUAUGUUUAUCAGUUGCUGAGAAAGUUUCUUAACUAGCUUCUUGGUAUCCAUUUCAAUUUUGUUUAAAAGAACUACAUACUAUGGAAGAAAUCAUUUUGUUUAUGACUUAAGUCAAAUAAAUUCAUUAAAAAUUUUUCAGGAAUUCCAUUUGUCAACCCUGCCCAAGAAAUAAAACGUUUGGCCAGAGAAAUGGGUAUGGAAGGUAAAGUUCGAAUCUUGAACUUUGGUGUUAGUUCUCAAAUGCUGGAUGUCUACCAGGCUAUUGAGGAUUGCCUUCAGACUGGGCAUUGGCUGAUACUGCAGAACUAUCACCUGGCCAAGGACAUUGACACUGAAUUCUUUAGUCUGCUCAAGGUUAAUAAGGACAUAAUUAUUUUUUUGGUUCUUUCUUUUUUUUGAAGUUUCUUAAGAUGUGCUGUCUUGAGUCAAUGCAAAGUAAAAGUUAAUGAGAUAUUCUUACCUAAAAUAAUUUUGAAUGCAUAUUUGUAACCAAAUUAAUGAAGUAAUUUUUAGCUGAUAAAUUCUUGCCAACUUUCUGCUACUCACUUAAGUCAGUAAUUCAUUUUUGAAGAUGAGUUUGGAGUGACAGGGGAAAUUAUUUUCUUAUUAUGUGUAUAUAUAUCACCUGUUUUUUCUCUUGAAUUAUCAUAUUUAAAAAGAGUUUAUUAUGAUAUCACUUAUUCAAUUUCAAUUCUUGUGAGUCUUACUAUUUUUAAUCUAUUUUAUAGGACAUUAUUUACUCUCGAUGGAUGAUGAAUGACAAUGUAGAUGACCAGCAUAAGGAUGGACGAUGUCUUGUGGACAGAUCACUGCAUUACAGAUCAAAACCAACAGCUGCAAAGACCCACGAUACAUUUAGAUUGUGGAUAACUACCAAGGCUGAUGGCAAGAGGAUAAUGCCAGGUAGGAAUAAAAUACAUUUUCAGCAAAUUCUAGAUUGGUGAGUAAGAGCUGAAGGAAUAACUGUGGAGUGCCUAGAGCUAGAACAGUCUUAGACUAAAAGGGUAAGACACAGUUUAUUGUAAAACUUUACUUAACAUCACUAAAAGUACAUGGUUUAUAGAAAGUAUUUACUGUUGAUCACUAUGAUAUACAUUUUUUAAAAAACAAAAUAAAAUACAAAGAAAAAGAAGCAUACAAAAAAUUAUAAUAAUAAAUUAAAAGCAAAAAUUUUUUUUAAUCCAUCGGUGCUGUGUUGUUCACAUUGAUGCCUACAUAGUUGAUAAAUGUUGAUGUGAAUUGCAAAGAGUUGUCUCAUGGGUGCAUGGCCAAUACUCUCUUGUCCAAAGCCACAUUUCCUAAGAAUAAUGUGCAUUUUGUAUCUAAUGAAUAUAUUUGUAAGAGUUUAGCCAAACAAAGCAUGAGUUUUUGCUAUCAACAAUUUAUUGUGGAAUAAAUGUGAAAUGAAGAUAGCCUACCGGUUAGAUAUCGAGGAUAGCAUUCUAUGUCAUGCCAUGAUGUAGAUAAGAGCUCAGAAACAUUUUUUUUCAAGUGCUGUAUACUUUCCAAGAACUCCAUGGCACACCACAAAUAAAAACAUGCCAAAAUAUAAUAAAAAUACAUAAUGUAGUUAAAAUUCACUAUGGCAUGUAUAAGGUAUAAGUUUACAUUGUAUUGUCCUAUUGUUUCUGUUAGUGCAGAGUUUGACAGCUUGGUAAUAGGCUAAACAAAUGUCCCUGUUUUAUCAUAUUUAGGGUAUGAUAUACUCUGUGCUUUCGUUGAUUUUUCACGGCAUCAUCUCGCGGCACACCCGUGUGCUGCGGCACACAGGUUUUAUAGCUCUGAUGUAGAUAGCUGAAUGGCUUACCUGAAGUUUAAAGAAUAUACCGGUGUUAAAAUUAAUUUGUGUUCUGAUCCCUAAGGUCUGCUCAUGCAACACGGCCUGAGAGUGACUUGUGAAGUCACUGCCAACUUUAGGAGUUUGCUGUGGAAAGCUUACAAGUCUGCAGCAUUUUUGUUGAACACAAGGGCUGUAAAUGGUGAACAGGUUAGCCAGGAAUAGAUAUCUGUAACUCUGACUAUAAAUAUUACUUUUGCAUUAAAAGUUGUUAUAGUACUUAAAAGGUAUCAUAUCAUUUAUUUUAGACUUUGAAAAACAAGUAUUCUUUAAUUUAAAAAAAUUUCUUUAAUAAGAAUAAAUUUAAUUUUGACAUUUAAUCUGCUAAAAUCAUGGCAGAUAUUGCAACUCUAACAUUUAAAAUUGAACUUGUUCAUGAAUUAUCUUUAGAGUUGUAUCUUUUUCUAUCCAGCUUGUCCAGAGAUUCAAUAGGGUGAUGCCCCUUGCCCUUCUGCAUGCAAUAAUUCUACAGCAAAGCUACUUCGGCAGACACGCUUUUGUCAACCAAUAUUUCUGGACUGCAGCAGACAUGGCUGCAGCAGUGGAGAUACUUCAGGGUCUGACCAGGUGGUCAACUGAUGCAGACGCCAUUUCUAGUCUCAUAGCAGACUUCUACACUGGACAUUGUUUGGUAAGACUAACAGUAACGCAGACACAUCAUUGAAGGGGACAAUGGCUGGGAGUAUUUUUACUGCAGUUUAUUUUAAAAUUAAUUUUGUUUGGAAAUAUUACCAAUAUUUAACUAAUUAUUACUUAUAUAAAUAUAUCUUAAUAUUUAUAAUUACAAAAACCAUCAGUGCUCAUUAAAUAAAAUUGUCGUCUCAAAACUAAACAUUUCUGUGAAAGAUUAUAAAUGAAUGGUGGAAUUCUUUAGAACCACAAGGUCAACAAAAAGUCAUUUUGUAAAUCAGCCACUUCACUCAUGAUCUCUUGCUGCAUGAACUUGAUAUAUUCCAUGCCUCUAUCUCCUUUUAUGUUAUCAAACUACUAACAAACUACAAAUGAAGCAACAAUUAUUCAAUAUAUAUAUAUAUAUAUAUAUAUAUAUAUAUACACAUUUUAUCUAAAGGAUCUGACUGAUGCACAUUCAGUGGAAGCUGUUGUGAAAGAUUUAGCACUUCAUGCAACACAAGCCAGUAAAGUAAGACUGGAAAGUUUAUUGAUUUCAAUUUAGACUAAUAAAUAAAAUAUUGUCUAUUCAUGAAAACUGAUAACAUUUCAUCCAUUGGUGAACUUAAUUUUUAGUUCUUUUUUCUACAAUGCAGGUUUUGGCAACCAAAUGAUUGAUGCCAAAAGAGACAGAAGAAUAAAUUUAAUUUCAAGCCAAACAAUAAUUGUUAGUUUCAAAUUUUAGAAAUUUUCUCAGUUUAAUUAUAAUUUAAUUUUUUUGCACAAUUUACCAGUUCUUAUCAAGUGAAUGUAAAGGAGCUGCUCAGUUAUUAUUCAAGCUCAGUACAGUUGUCAAGGAGACCAAUGAUUUACAGAGAACAAUUGAUUCCAUUGAAGAUACUUCGGCUCGUACUUACUGUUUGCCUGCAGAUGUGGAGGAGCUGCAUAUGGAAACCAGCAGCAGGUUCUUUGCAGUUUAAUUAUCACUUUGUGGGUGGAUGUCUGAGAGGAUGUCAAGGGGGAAAUCUAUUAAUUUAAGUGUUUAGUGGUGGGGUAGGUGUCUAGGGGGACAUCUGUUAAUUUAAGUGGUUUGUGGGAGGUAUCUCGGAGGACAUCUGUUAAUUUAAGUGGUUUGUGGGAGGUAUCUAGGGGGACAUCUGCUAAUUUAAGUGGUUUGUGGUGAUAUUAAAAGUGAAAUUUGUAAUAAUUGUAAAUAAUUCAUCUUUUAACAAAUAAUCUUUUUUUGCUAACAAUAUUUACCAAAGAUGAUUGGAAAACAAGGGCCCAACCCUAAAUUUUAGUCUUUUUCCAAGAACGAAUGACUUUAACAUUAUUUUUGAAUAACUUUGUUUAUUGGUUGUAUUUUGACAACAUUUGAAUAAUUAAAUUGUUUCUUUUUUCCUCUUAGAAUUUUCUUGAAAGAACUCGUUCAAGCAACAGGGGCCCCUGAGCUUUUGUUAGAUGCCAUUUCCAGCACUUCCACCCUUAAGCCUGAACCCUCUUGUAUCAUUUCAACUCUACUGGGCCAUUUGGCAGCAUGCCCAAUACUGCCAGACACUUCUAUUGAUCAAAUUAUGCCCCUGGAUGCAUUCUUCUGUCAAGAAGUUAUGGGAUAUAAGGAGCUGGUUCAAAUUGUUGCGGUAUACCAUUUUCAGAUACUAAAUGAUUGAUUUCAAAUGUAUGCUAGAUUAGAGAAUAUAGAAUAUAGAGUAAAGAGUUUUUGAAUGGUUUUCUUAAUACCUUUAAAAUUAACUAUUGGAAAAAAUAGCUGUGGGGGAAGAGGCUUGGUGUGGUCAUUCAAAGAUUUUAUGUGGAUAGCUUCUGUUUUUUUAUGAUUUCUAACAUCUCUUUUUUAUAGUAAAAAUAUUUAUACACACAUUGUUAUAAAAUAGUCUGAUUCAUUCUUACAUAUGCCUCAAUCCUACUUUUUUGAUUUUCAAAUUAGCCCAAUAAUUUAAUAAUAAAUUAAAAAAGACAAAUUUACAUGCUAAUUUUUUAAAUUCGGAUUUCAUUUCUUUUCACCAGAAUGAUUUGAGUCUCAUUAAAAGAGCAGUCAGUGGGGAAAUCUCUCUCACAACAAACAUGUCGGGCAUUUUGGAAGCAAUAUGUCAUGAUCAAGUUCCUACUUCUUGGUUAAUCAAAACAUUCCCAACAAGCCCAAGUGUGGACCUUUGGCUGAAAGAACUGUCCACCAGGAUGAUCUAUGUUAAUCAUUGUCUAUCCCAGUGUCCCCCAGUCUUGUCCCUCCAUAUGUUCCUCAGACCAGACAGGCUGUUCAAAGUGGUCAUGCAAACGUAUGCUCAGAAAAAUUUCAAAGACAUCAACGAGGUCAUUUUGGAAUAUCAGGUAUUUUUUGUGACCUUGACCUUUGUUGUUUUUUCUUAAUCAGAAAUAUUUUUUUACUUUAAAUAACCAUUUCUUUAAAUUAAAGGUCAAAUUUAAAUGCAUAUUUUUGUUAUUUUUUUCAGAAUUAAAUUAAAUUUUAAUAAAAUGAGCAGAAAGAUUUCUCAAAAUGUUUCUUUAUAUAUAAUACAAUGCUAAUGAAAUCAAAUCUAUAACUCUAUGAAUUUCAGGUGAUGCCAAGGGAGUUUGUACCAAGUCAGAAACCAGAUGAUGGUGUCUUCAUUGAAGGCCUUGAACUCAAAAAUGCAUCAUGGGACAACACACAGUCGAUGCUGAUAGAUGCAAGGUCAUGUACAGGUGUGACUAAUGACCUGCCAGUUUUGUGGUUGAAGCCCAACAUAUCAGGCAACAUGAAGGAAAAAGAAGGAGACUGCAAGCAUCACUACAUGUGUCCUUUGUACAGUGCCAGACAUUCUGAACUACACUGUAAUAGCAAUAAAAUUUGGGCCAUACCGCUUGCUAUUGCGGAGCCAGCAUUAUGGUGGGCUCAAAAAAGAACAGUUUUGACACUGAAAUCUGAUUGCUCAUCAUUCACUUAAAUAUUAUAUACAGUAUAUUGUCUCUUGACUGCAUUACAUUUUUUAAACUACUUUUCUUGAAGUUCUUCGACAUGCCUGUUUGGCAUGCAAAUGAGACAAACAUUACUGUUGUUGUAAAUGAAUUUUUUUUAAAAUUUCAAGCCAUUUAAUAAUGAUUAAAUGCGAGUUUGGAGUGUUUCAUUGUGUUGAAAGCCUGUUAAAAAAGAAGAUGAAUGCCUUAACUACAUUAAUUAAAACUUAUGUGCAUGCACUGCUGAUGGAUGGAUUUGUUAGGCAAUUUUUUUUCAUUUGUGGAAACUGUAAAUUAUAGCCGGCUGUUUUGACUUUGGUUAUUAUACUCAUCAGUAUUUCUAUUUGAUUGUUUAAACAUUUUAAUUAAAUGCAUUUAUCAUUUCAAACUAUUUGUAGUUUUUUCAUUGAAUAUACCAGAAUACAGUUUAAAAAAAAUAAAAGUUAUGAUUUAAUUAAUCUUUAAACAAUUUUUCAAAAACAUAUUUUAUAACGUGUUUUAUGUGUG